UACACGACUCAGAUGGCAGUAGAACAACGUAGUGGUACACAUUGAGACCCAAACCGAGGAAAAAUGGAAAAACUACUCAACUGUCAUAGAUAAUAGAGAUUUCUCAACGGUAUCACGAUGAAAACGCGAAAGAGAUACGACAACAGACUUGGUGAACGAUCGUUCGCGAUUGUAACGUCACAAGUGCAUUAUAAACAUUACCCUAAUUCAGAUGUUUUUAUCGUAUAAUGAGUAAAAAUCGAAGAAAAUCAAGAAUCGAAGAAAAACGAAAAACAAAGAAAUGGAGCAACAGAAUGACUGUUCUAUUCAAAGAGGACAACCUAUGCGUCGCUACCCAAACGACUACAAGACUGAAGGACAUUCAUCCUCGUUGAACAAAGCAAUGACGAAUCAAUCGCAAUACUCCAACACAGGAAGACCUACCGUGCGCAUAGCCGUGUAUCUGAUGACAGGGGUAUUCUUAAUCAUGGAAGUCGAGCAGAAUGCGAGCGCACAGCAGAUCUUCGCAAUCGUACAAUCCGAGGCCGAGCUGGGUUUGACGAGAUUAGCUUUGGCGACCGCCACACCGGUGUUCGCGCUGUGGAUGUGUUCGUCGCAGUUAGAGGUGCAGCUGCGUCCGACACACAAACCCAUAGAGCUGGCCGCCAAGUGGAGCUAUCUUGUGAACAAGUACAGCUCGCACGGAUAUGACUCCGACGAAGAGGAGCCCUUGUUGUACUUUCGCAGGAACAUUUUUCUCUCGAGAGGAGAGGAGGAGCAAAUCAAAGACACCAAAGUGCUCGAGCUCCUUUACGCGGAAGCUAGACACAAUGUUCUACAAGGACGAUAUGCGUGCGAUGGUCCUGCGCGUUACGCCAGUCUGGGGGCCUUGCAGGCCCGCAUUGAGCUCGGGCCGUACAAUGCGCAAACCCACACCUUGGCGUUUUUCCGGAGGCACCGUGGCCGAUUCUUACCGCAUCACCAUGCAUCCCCCAGCCUAUUGCUGGGCCUGGGGCUCGGACUGGGGCUGGUGGGUGGCAAGGGCGCACCUGAGGCUCAUCUUCUGGAACAGUAUAAACGGAUACCGAACAGUCACAACGGUGGCGCGGCUACCAACGCGAACCCUAAAAAGCUAAUCAGAAAGUAUCUUGAAUUCUGCUGGAAUUUACCAUGUUACGGAGCGGCUUUCUUUCAAGGUCAGAUCGAACGGCCAGUGAGGGGCCUCGCGUCAUGGAUCACCAAUCGCGAUCAACAAGUCCUCAUUGCGAUCAACACGUCGGGGGUGUACAUAGUCGACGAUAUGCAGUGUAGCUUGCUAUUAGGACUUAAAUACUCGGAAUUGAGUUGGGAAAUGGCGAAGCCUUCAGACGAGAACAAUCCGGAUUGCCUGCCUUGCUUAUUCUUACAGUUUCCAGUGCGCGAGAACGGAGCACGCGUUUACAAAAUCCUGCAAGUGUUCUCGAGACAGGCGAUAAUGAUGGACACCUUAAUUUCCGGUUUCGCCGACGAUUAUCGUCUUCGUCAGUUGGCCGGUAGCGAAGGAAACAAUGACCAGUUGUUGGAUCAUCCGUUAGCCAGUGCCACCGGUAGCUUUACGAACAAACUCAGCAAGUUCACCCUGGCCACUUUCGACGACGAAGGUCGAUGCAUCGGUCAGAUGGGUUCGUGGUCUUUUCAGUGAAUAUAAUCCAACGAUACAUACCAGAAACGAUAAAUCACACGAUAUUUUACGUGACGUGACGCCAAUGUAUUUUCCCGAUGAUAUCAGAUAAAUAUGAUUUUUCGUAAUUGCAUUCUUACGUCAGA